AGGACAGAAACAGAGGAGACAGAAGGAGCUGCUAGAAAGGGCAGGCUUUCAUUCAGCUGAGUAACAUGUGCACUUCUGCCUACAUUCACUUUGUGUAAACCCAGGGCUGUGAACAGUUUGAUGACUGGCUCUCAAUGAGAGGAUUAAUGGGAAUUCACACAAGGGCUUGGACGCUUACCGUACAAAGCAUGUUUUCCCUUCCCCUGUAGGUGCACAAUUGGAAUUUGGUACUGCUGCAUAAUGGGUUAUAAAGCCACAUCCGCGCAUUGUGCCUUAAGAUGCCUGUGCUUCAUGCUUCUCCAUUUGUUUUGUGCAGCUCAAGAUGAAGAUUUAAGAAGUUGUAGGACUGCACCGUGUGAUUUGGUCUUUAUAGUCGACGGUUCUUGGAGUGUGGAAGAUGUCAAUUUUGAAAUUGUGAAGCGGUGGCUCGUCAAUAUAACCACAAGCUUCAACAUUGGACAGAAAUUUACCCAAGUUGGAGUUGUCCAGUACAGCGAUGACCCUGUUUUAGAGAUCCCUCUGGGGAAAUACUCGUCCAACAGAGACCUCAUCAAGGCGAUGGAGUCCAUUCAGUACAUGGGAGGAAACACGAGGACAGGGACGGCCAUUAACUUCGCCACAAACAAACUCUUUGGUCUGUCCGAGCGCGGCCCUUCGGGCGUUUCCAGGAUAGCCGUCGUCCUCACAGACGGGAAAUCCCAAGAUGAAGUUGUGAAAGCAGCCGAGAUAGCGAGGAAAAAAGGAGUCAUUCUGUUUGCCAUUGGUGUCGGUUCAGCGACGGAAGGAGCUGAACUGAGGGACAUUGCCAACAAGCCGUCCUCUACCUAUGUCUUCUCUGUUGAGGACUACAAAGCCAUCUCCAGGAUCAUACAAGUCAUACGGCAGAAGCUGUGUGAAGAAACUGUCUGUCCAGCCAAGAUUCCUGUCGAUUCCCGAGAUGAGAAGGGCUUUGAUAUUCUGUUACACUUAAACUUGGCUAAAAAAGCAAAAAAGACACAAGGAACGUUUUCCGGCACGAAGGCCUACGAAGUCACAUCUCAUGUUGACCUGAGUGCAACGACAAGAACCCUUUUCCCGGACGGCCUGCCGCCAUCGUACGUGUUUGUGGCGACGCUGAGGUACAAAGGCUCGGUGCUGAUCGAGGAGUGGGACCUGUGGAGAAUACAGACUCGCGACGGGAAGCCUCAGAUGGCGGUGACUCUAAACGGCGUGGACCGCACUGUCAGGUUCACCACCACCAGCGAGGCACCGAGCGGAACUCAGACGGUCACGUUCUCACCACAGACGGCGAGGAUGCUGUUCGAUGAGAAAUGGCACCAGCUGCGGCUGCUUGUCACUGAAGAGGAUGUGACCCUGUACGUUGACGAUCUGGAGAUCGAAACUUUGCCACUGGAGCCUCCUGUCGGCAUUUUCAUCAAUGGAAAAACUCAAGUGGGAAAGUAUGUCACAAAGGAAACUACGGUGCCGUUUGAAAUUCAGAAGCUGCGCAUUUACUGCGACCCUGAGCAGAACAACCGCGAGACUGCGUGUGAAAUACCUGGAGUCUGCUCCAACAGUCCUGAUGAUGCUGAGCCGCCACAGGAACCUUGCGGUUGCCCUCCUGGACCACCUGGACUUCCAGGAAUGAAGGGAGAAGCAGGAAGUUCGGGCAUACCUGGGCAGCCUGGACCUGCUGGUGCUGAUGGUAAGCCUGGGAUCCCCGGCAUUAGAGGAAGUCCAGGCCUUCCAGGUCCACCAGGGGCAGAGGGGCCACGCGGACCACACGGCUACAAGGGCGAACAAGGACGGCCUGGUGUUUCGGGUGAGAUGGGUAUACCCGGAUUACCAGGACCAGCUGGACAACCAGGAGAGAAGGGUUCCAUGGGAUUGCCAGGAAUUGCUGGGUUAGCUGGAAAAGCUGGUCCAGUGGGAGAAAAGGGAAGCGCUGGACCUCCGGGGCCUCCUGGGUACCCGGGAGAACCUGGUCUGUCUGGCAGGGACGGAAAGCCGGGUUUUCCUGGGAGUCCCGGUCAAAAGGGAGAAGCCGGAGCCAGUGGUAUUCCUGGAGCAGAUGGAAGACAAGGCCAUCCUGGCAUGCCCGGUUUGCCAGGGACUGCAGGACUAAAUGGGCCAAAGGGAGAAGCCGGUGAGCCUGGAUUGAGGGGAUUCAAAGGAUCAACAGGACCACCUGGUGAAGUGGGUUUACCUGGCGCACCUGGGAUGAAAGGACCGACUGGACUCAAGGGAAAGAAGGGUGAAAGUGGAAGUCCGGGAAUACAAGGAACACCAGGACCGGCGGGAAGUGCAGGCGAGCCGGGACAAGCAGGUCAACCGGGGCAUCCGGGCAUGCCGGGCCUGAAGGGAAGCAAGGGGCAAAAGGGAAACCUGGGAGAAAAAGGAGAAAUAGGACUGAAGGGGGACAGAGGAGAACAGGGACGGCCCGGAGUUCCUGGGUCUGCUGGUCCAGUGGGACUGAACGGGGAGAAAGGGACAGCAGGGGACCCGGGGCAGAGAGGUCAGGAAGGUCAAGCGGGCCAUCCCGGACAGCCAGGACAGUCGGGCCCGCCGGGUCCCAGAGGGCAGCCGGGGGACACCGGCCCCCCGGGACCACCUGGACCUCAAGGAAGAUCAGCGAGUGAAACGUCCGACAGCCACAUCCGGCAGAUCUGCAGGGAGAUCCUCCAGGCCGAGCUGCCCUCGUUGUUGCUGAGCAACCAGCGGAGCAGCUGCAGCAGGUGUCAGAGCCGUCCUGGAUCUCCUGGUCCGCCUGGUCCGACUGGGCCCCAGGGACUGAGAGGCCUUCCUGGACUGAGCGGCUCCACCGGACAGCCGGGCCACCCGGGCCGGCCCGGUCAUCCCGGGCCUUAUGGGCUCAAAGGAGAACCAGGUCUGAGAGGUGAGAAGGGGAACCCUGGAAGAACCACGUCCGGAGACCAAGGGCCGCCUGGACCUCCAGGUCCGAUGGGUCCUCAGGGGUACAGCAAGCCAGGCCCUCCAGGGAAGCCUGGAUCCCCUGGUAUUAACGGAGCGGAGGGCAAAAGUGGGAAUCCCGGCAUCCCCGGCCAGCCCGGAGUGUGCGACCCAUCCAUGUGCUACGGUGGCAUGAUGAGGCGGGAUCCCUACAGCAAGGGUCCGAGCUAUUGACGAAACGCAGCCGAGAACAAACAGCCAUUCUCAGGAAGAUCUCACCUGUACAGAGCCUCUCUGUCACGCAAACAAAAUGUACCUCUUCUGACCGUUGAGAUGAUCUCUGUCAGCACCGCCGCUCCUCCGGCGGCGUUUUGUAUUAUAUUUCACAUGUCUUUCAGUCCUCUCUGAGGUUUUAAUGGUGUUUGAAGAAUAAGAAUCCUCAGCAGUGAAUACCUCUGAGCUCCUUGAACUGAUGUCCGUGUGGCUGGUACACUCUCUCACAUUGCCCCCUGGUGUCACUUCACUGCACCGAACGCUCUAAAUUUGCUGAAUUUCUGGAUACUGUAAACAUUUAGGAACAUAAACUGCAUGUUUGGUGAACUGUUGUGCAAAAAGAGAAGAAAAAAAACCUUUUCUCCAGCUGAUGAGGAGCCUGUCCAUUCAUCUGUUAAAAACCUGUUUCUGCAUUUAAUAUUGUGUAUUAUGCAAAAGAAGUUAAUAUGUUCUGCUUUUUAUCACAGUGUCCAUCCAUUCACUUGACAUUUUAUUUUAUGAUUAGGUUGUAAAAUGUUUAAAAAUCAGCUGUGUAAAACAUGCCGACAUUUUACUUUAGUAGCAUUUCUUUUUGGCAUUUAUGUCCCUCAGUCUUGCCUUUUAUUACUGUAGCAGGUAUUUUAUUGUUAUUUAUAAAAGAGUCAUAACUGUGUAUGUCAGCAGCGACAUGUCUUAUAUGGCUUUUGUAAUUUUAUUUUGUCUUUUUUUUUUUAUUGUUACGGUGAUUUUUUGUAUGAUUCUUUUUUUUUUCAG